CCACACAAAAGAUCAUUGUUAUCACCAUGGCUGACCAACCCAAGAAGCUUCACAUUGCUAUGUUUCCAUGGCUUGCUUUUGGUCACAUAAUUCCAUACUUUGAGCUUGCAAAACUCAUAGCUCAAAAGGGUCACAAAGUUUCAUUCAUUUCCACACCUACAAACAUCAAACGCCUCCCUAAACUACCUUCAAAUUUACAACCUCUUGUGGAACUCAUAGAACUUUCGUUGCCUCAUGUAGAAAACCUCCCUCAAAAUGCUGAGGCUACUAUGGAUAUUCCACAACACAUAGUUCCAUACCUCAAGAAAGCCUUUGAUGGCCUUCAACAACCUUUGGCUAAGUUUCUAGAGAGUUCCACUCCUCAUUGGCUCAUAUAUGACUUUGCACCUUUUUGGUUGCCCCCAAUAACUUCCAAGCUUGGUAUCUCAUCCAUCUUCUUUUCUAUCUUUUCGGCCCUUGGUAUUUCUUUCAUAAACAGCUUUGGGCUAAAGACAAAUGAUAAACCUUCCUUUGAUGAUGAUCCUUCUAACAAAGUAAUUCUUCAACACUAUGAGGACAAAACAAUGUCCGAAGACCACAAUGAAGAGAAUGAAUCCGGUGUUUCAGAUAUAUUCAGACUCCAUCAAGUAUUUGGUGGUGUUGAUGUUGUAGCUGUAAGAACUUGUAUGGAGAUUGAAGCUGAAUCUAUAAAAUCUCUUCAAAAUCAAUGCAGGAAACCGGUUAUUCCAGUUGGGUUAUUGCCACCUUCAUUACACUUAUUCAAUAAUGAAGACAGUAAAUAUGAUGAAAAUUGGAACACAAUACUUAAGUGGUUGGAUGAACAAGAAGAAAGGUCAGUGAUUUAUGUAGCAUUUGGAAGUGAAGUGGCACUAAAUGAUGAAGAAUUCACUGAGAUAACUAUGGGAUUAGAGCUAUCUGGCUUUCCCUUUUUCUGGGUUCUGAAGAAGCAAAAUAGUAGUCCAGAUGUAAGUAGUUCAAUGGAGACAAAACGCGGGAUUGUAUGGACUAAUUGGGUUCCACAAUUAAAGAUAUUAGCACACAAAUCUGUUGGAGGAUUCUUGAGUCAUUCUGGUUGGAGUUCUGUGAUUGAGUCUCUUCAAUUUGGAUGUCCACUUAUCAUGUUACCCUUUCAAAAUGAACAAGGGUUAGUUGCAAGGCUUAUGGAAGAGAAAAUGGUGGGAAUAAAAGUGCCAAGAAAUGAACAUGAUGGGAAGUUCACUAGAGAUUCAUUGGCUAAGGCAUUGAGAUCAGUGAUGUCAGAAGAUGAUGAAGGAAAGAUUUAUAGAAAUCAUGCUGAGAAAAUGAGCAAGAUCUUUGGGGACAAAGAAAUACACCAAAAGUACAUAGACGAGUUUGUUGAUUAUAUGGAAAUUCAUAGUCCCUCGCCAAAGAUUAGUAUGUUAGAUUGA